CAACCACAAUGGCCCCACCCACCCCCGAGAUAAACUUCUACUUCGACCUCGUCAGCCCAUUCAGCUACAUCGCAUUUCAAGUCCUCAAGAACUCCACAAUCUUCCAAUCCUGCAAAAUAACCUACACCCCCGUCUCAUUACGCACCAUCCUCACCACCUGCGGAAACCCCCCACCCAUCGCGGUUAAAAACAAACUAACCUACAUCAACCGCCACCGCCUCGCCUGGUCCCGUCGUCUCAACAUUCCCAUGACCCAAGCCGUGCCGACGGGUUUCCCCUUCCCGACCACAGAUAUCCAGUCCCUCCUUGCACUCGUUGCUGUGUCCCAUCCGGAGAAAGUGGUCGAGAUAGUGGAGCGACUGUAUACCUCCGUCUGGGCGGACGGUGACUCGGCUAUUGUUACGGACUCUGGGAGGUACACGAAGGUUCUCGAAGAGGUGUCGGGCGGCGAUGUGGUGGAGGGGCUGCUGGAUGGGGAGAAACAAACUGAAGGCAAGACUCUGUUAGAGGCGAAUACGCAUCGGGCGAUUGAGGAGGGGGCUUUCGGAUUGCCGUGGCUAGCGUGCACGAGUCCUGCCGGGGAGAAGGAGGGGUUCUGGGGCGUGGAUCACUUGGGUCUGGCGGCGGAGUUUCUGGGGUUGGAUGUUGGGAUGGAGGCUGAACGAUGGCCGGAUGCUUGGAAAUACAGGCGAAGACACAAACCCAAUUGA